AAAUAUGAUCUGAUUUUAUAUUUUUAAGGCAUGAAAAGUGGAAAUCAAAGUAUUGAAACAGAUUUUGUACUUCUUGGUCUCUUCCAAUAUGGUCCGAUGGACUCUUUUCUCUUUGUUGCAAUUGCAAUACUGUUUUCAGUGGCUCUGAUGGGGAAUAGCAUACUGAUUCUUCUCAUUCAAUUGGACACCAGACUCCAUACUCCAAUGUACUUUCUACUCAGUCAGCUCUCUUUCAUUGACAUGAUGUACAUCUCCACCACUGUGCCUAAGAUGGCAAUUAAUUUUUUGUCUAAUAGUAAGACCAUUACUUUUUUAGGCUGUGAGAUUCAAACAUUUGUGUCCUUGGCCCUUGGUGGAACUGAAGCCCUUCUUUUUGGUUUCAUGUCCUAUGAUUGCUAUGUAGCCAUCUGUCAUCCUUUACAUUACCCUGUCCUCAUGAGCAAGAGGAUCUGUUGGUUCAUGGUCAUGUGUGCUUGGACCAGUAGUUCUAUCGACUCCUUAAUACAUACAUUGUAUGCCUUUCAACUUCCCUUCUGCAGAUCUCGGCUCAUUAACCAUUUUUUCUGUGAAAUUCCAUCCCUGGUGCCAUUGGUGUGUCAGGAUACUUCCCAGUAUGAACAUACAAUACUCUUGAGUGGACUUAUUAUUCUGUUGUUACCUUUUAUGGCCAUUAUAGCCUCCUAUGCCUGUGUGCUUACUGUGGUAUUCCAGAUGAGUUCAGGAAAUGGACAGAAAAAAGCCAUCUCUACUUGUUCCUCUCACCUGAUUGUGGCAAGCCUAUUCUAUGUGACUACUCUUUCCACCUAUACAAGGCCACACUCCUUGCAUUCCCCUGAAGAGGAUAAGACAGUAGCUGUGUUGUAUACCAUUAUCACACCUCUUCUGAACCCAUUUAUCUACAGUCUGAGGAAUAAAGAAGUUAUGGGGGCCUUGAAGAGACUGUAUAUAAAAUGA